AUGGGAAGGGGUAGGGUUGAAUUGAAGAGGAUAGAGAAUACGAUCAAUAGACAAGUGACAUUCUCGAAAAGAAGAGCUGGCCUUUUGAAGAAAGCCCAUGAGAUCUCUGUUCUUUGCGAUGCCGAGGUUUCCCUUAUUGUCUUCUCCCAUAAGGGCAAAUUGUUCGAGUAUUCCUCUGAAUCUUGCAUGGAGAAGGUACUAGAACGCUACGAGAGGUACUCUUAUGCCGAGAGACAGCUGAAAGAUCCUGAUCACUCCCACGUUAAUAUGAACUGGUCAAUGGAAUAUAGCAAGCUUAAGGCUACGAUUGAGCUUUUGGAGAAGAACCAAAGGCAUUAUCUGGGAGAAGAUUUGGAAUCAAUGAGCCUCAAGGAGCUCCAGAAUCUGGAGCAGCAUCUUGACACCGCUCUUAAGCACAUUCGCUCCAGAAAAAAUCAACUCAUGUACGAGUCCCUCAACAACCUCCAAAGAAAGGAGAAGGAGAUACAGGAAGAAAACAGCAUGCUUGCCAAACAGGUUAAGGAGAGGGAAAAUAUUCUACAGACACAGCAGAACCAAUGGAAGCAACAGCAGCACAACAGCCACGUAAAACAACCGCAACCCCAAUUACAUCCUUUCAUGAUCACUCAUCAGACAUCUCCGUUCCUUAAUAUGGAGUAA